AUGAUAUUGAGUUUCGAAAAAAAUAAGCAAACUUAACAGGAAUUAAUUAGUGAUUUAUUUUGUUUUGCAAGAAAAUAUUUAUAAUAUUUGUAAACUUUGGAUUUGAGGGGGUUUGCCUUUGGAUAAGAGGGCUUUUAUGAAUAGACUACGAAUAACAACAUUUUAAUCUAUAAUUAAAUCCUAUAGAUCAUAUACUAUUCUAAUGGAAGGAUAAAUGAACAUAAUUCUUAAAAUUUCAAAUUGAUUUAGGGUCAAAUAUAUAGGAUUUUAAUUGAUUUAGCAAGAGUGAGAGCAUUGUUUGGAGCAGAUGAAAAUAACAAUGAGUUACUCCUUGAAGACUUUGCAAAAGAACCUGAUUUGCUUCCUUAAUACUUGACUGAAAUCUUAUAAUUCUAUUAAUUAAGAUAUUGA